AUGAACAACUCGAUGGCUCUAAGUGAUACAAAACUAAUAUCUGAUGAACAUUGUCUUUCUGUCAGCGUUUCAUUCAACAAUCCAAGCUUCGCAGAAGUUGCCAUGCGCUCACUUUCCGUGGAUCCUUCUCCUCCACGAUCUACAGUUAAAGAACAAUUAAAUCAAAAGGGGUCCGACCUCAUCUGUACAUUUUCCGCCCCUGUCACUGUUAGCAAUAGAAACCAACAGUUACGAAAAUUGCGUAUUGCUGUUAACAGCUGGCUUGAUCAUGUCAUUUUGGUUUCGGAAACAAUCAGUGCGUUUGGGACAAUGGACUCAAAUUUUACAUCUGAGCGAGCUAUUAAUGGCUUUUAA